AUGACGGUCGUCGGCCUGAACAAUCAGCGCGAUAUCAGGAUGGCAGGCGGACAACUCAGUGAGGAUCGAGCCCGUAGUGAGCGAGAAGUGGAGGAACGGCAGUUCCCGCCAGGCCCUAGCUUCAAGUCCGGAGAUGAUGGUCAUGUUCGCUUCAACACAGCCGGCAACAGACCGCCCCGAUCCUAUCAAUCAGGAAGCUCGGUCCAUUCUAGCUAUACGAGAGGCAGCGGAUAUGGCAGUGGGAUACCUUCCGCAUUUCGCUCCAAUGAUAUAUUCCGAGAAAACAGAAAACAGGGUUACUCAUCCACUGGAUCUGAAGGCCGGAGCACCGAGUAUUCCUAUCCAAGUUCAACGCAACCAACAGAUGCAGAGCCUUUUAGCGACAAGGAGUCGGAUCGAGACAAGAAUAAUGGAGGGACGAAGUUGGGAUCCCCGGAUCAUCUAGAAGACUUUUACACAUAUCACACGGAGUACGUUCAAGCGCGCUCGCACAAAAACGGUUGCUGGGUACCUUUCUGCAAGUUCGGCCCUUUGAAUAGCGAAGUCUUAAAUGCACACCUCAAAUUACAUGGCAAGAGGGGCGGAAAAGUACGUUAUGUUGCGACACUCAUUGCGAACAGCACUCAUUACGAUCCAAAAUUCCAGGGCCACCUGACUUCUAUGGGCAAUCCCAUCUAUGAGCGUGCCUCCGAUAUCCCAAAGCACGAAGGCUCUGCUCCCAAAGACGUCUCGAAGAAAUUCUCUCAAAGCAAAGCGGCCUCGGUUGACGAACAGUGGGAGGUUAUACCUCGCCUGAUCAAAAAGCAUCCACGGGUACAAACCUCCUGGUGCAUCACUUGCCAGCGACGAAAAACCAAGUGUGAUAAAACUCAUCCGACUUGCAAGAAGUGCUGGGAAGAUAAUUUUGCUUGCGAGGGGUACAGACUCCAGAUAUCUCAAGGCUCUUGGAAGACAGCGUCACGGCCAUUUUCUCAGGCUACCGUUUCUGCAGAAUCGGCCAAGUUCACUGCUGGCCCGUCGGAGCGUUCUUCCAAAAGUAGCGCUUUAAACACUCUCGAAAGUUUGAUGGAAGGAAAUCGUCGGAGAAUGCUUCGUCUUGGCAUGAAAGACGACGAGCCUCCACCCAUACCCUCACGCACAAGCACAACGUUCCAACCUCCUGAGAUUGCUUUUCCUAGGCCCCAUGGGCGAGUUAAUGAUCCCAUCUUAUCUUGGAUCCCCGUCAUCAGAAGAUCUCACGGCGACUUUGAGCAUAGUGAGAGGAACAACCACUCAAUUUGA